AUGCCGAGCACAGACGAGUGGCGAGAAGCAAAGCUAAGGCAUGUGGUCCUUCAACCCAAAGCCACUGCAAAGCCACCAUAUUCCAUUGAAUCGCCGGGAGCUGAAGCCGUUGCGGGCGAGACGAAACCCCGUAGACAUCCGUUGACAAAGGAUGGACUCAUCACCAAACCUUCCGAUGACAUUACUACCGCCUAUGAGCUCCUACGAGUGAGCGUUGCCAAGUUCGGCAAUGCAAAAGCCAUGGGCUCUCGACGCCUCGUGCGCACCCACCAGGAAAGCAAAAAGGUCAAGAAGAUAGUGGAUGGUCAAGAGCAAGAGGUGAACAAGGCUUGGACAUUUUUCGAACUUGGUCCCUACGAAUACCUCACAUACAACGACUUUGAGAAGUUGGUCUUAAAUCUCGGUUCUGGUCUGAGGAAACUUGGUAUGAAUAAAGGGGACAGAGUCCAUAUCUUCGCUGCCACUAGUGCCAACUGGCUGGCUACCUCGCAUGCCGCCUCCUCCCAAUCGAUGCCAAUCGUAACCGCCUACGACACACUCGGUGAGGAAGGAUUGAAACAUUCGAUGGUUGCGACAGGUGCCAAGGCUAUCUUCUUGGACCCUCAUCUAAUACCUACUCUUGGCAACGUCCUCAAGGAUGCCACCGAAGUCCGUUAUGUCAUUUGGAACAACCAACACCAAGUCAGACAGGAACAUAUCAACAACCUAAAGAGCGCCUACCCCCACAUUAAGGUCGUGAGCUUUAAGGAGUUGGAAAAGCUUGGUAGAGAUGAACCGUUUGAUCCUGUGCCUCCCACCCCCGAAGAUCUCUGCUGUAUCAUGUACACCUCGGGAUCCACGGGCACCCCUAAGGGGGUCCCCCUUAAGCACAGGAACAUCGUCGCUGCUGUUGCGGGUGUCAGUGUUGUAGUCCAGCCCUUCAUUGGUCCCGGUGAUGGUCUGUUAACUUAUCUUCCCUUGGCUCAUAUUCUCGAGCUUGUUUUCGAAAAUGCCUCUUUAUACUGGGGAUGCACUAUGGGUUACGGAAACCCAAAGACAUUGUCAGAUGCCUCAGUUCGUAACUGUUUUGGAGAUAUUCGCGAAUUCAAACCCUCCGUCCUAGUGGGUGUGCCGGCAGUAUGGGAGUCUGUCAAGAAGGGGAUAACCUCCAAAGUCCACGAUGGUGGUCCGGUUGUCCAGAAUAUGUUUUGGGGUGCAUUGGCAUUAAAGGCUAGACUGUUAGCCACUGGCCUGCCCGGAACUAGCCUGCUUGACUCUAUUGUCUUCAAGAAAAUUAAGGAGGCGACCGGCGGUCGACUAAAGCUCUGCCUCAAUGGCGGUGGCCCUAUCGCAAAGGACACUCAACGAUUCAUCUCUAUGGCCAUCGCACCGAUGAUCAUCGGUUACGGCCUUACGGAAACCAAUGCUAUGGGUUCCCUUAUGAACCCUCUUGAGUGGACAUCCGAGACGAUUGGCGCGAUGCCCUCAUGCAUUGAAGUCAAGCUAGUUGACUUCCCGGAUGCGGGUUACUACGCGACGAAUAAACCAAACCCUCAAGGCGAGAUUUGGAUCCGAGGCGCCAGUGUAGCAGAAGAGUAUUACCAGAAUGAGAAGGAGACUAAAGAGAAUAUGGCCCCUGGUGGCUGGUUCAAGACAGGAGACAUUGGUGAAUGGGACUCCAAUGGUCACCUAAAGAUUAUCGACCGCAAGAAGAACUUGGUCAAGACCUUGAACGGCGAAUACAUUGCGUUAGAAAAGUUAGAGUCUAUUUACCGCUCGACGCAGGUUGUGGCCAAUAUCUGCGUGUACGCGGAUCAAUCGAAGGCUAAGCCUAUUGCGAUCAUCGUGCCGGCAGAACCAGCGUUGAAGAAGCUGGCCGCCGAGAACGGGAUACAUGGAUCCAGUCUAGAAGAGCUUGUGCACGAUAAGAAGCUAAAUGGCAUCGUACUAAGAGAGCUUCAAAACGUCGGACGAUCUGGUGGCCUGUCCGGUAUCGAGAUAAUUGAGGGAGUCGCGUUGUCAGACGAGGAAUGGACGCCGAAUAACGGUCUCGUAACCGCAGCCCAGAAACUCAACCGUAAAGGUAUCCUCGCCAAGUACGAAAAAGAGGUGCAAGCAGCGUACGCCUCCUCGAGCUAG